UUAUAGGACAGGUAAGUCCUCACUUCCUGCUUACAGAUCACAGGUAACCUGUAAAAUCUGAAAACAAUAGUUAAUAAAUCUGCAAACGCAAAGAUGUGGACUGUGGAAGACGAUGUGCAAAUGAAGGCUGUAACAAGUUUGUCAAAUCAAGCUAUCAAUGAGUAUGAGGGUUUGCAGGAGGAGCAUAAGAAAGCCAAGCAAGAGUGUGCAAAAAUACAACAUGAGAGAGACGAGGCUGUGAAAAAACUGAGAGAGUUCCAGAGACUUUCGCACAUGGUGGUGGAAGAAGUUAAUGUUAUUCAGAACCACCUGGAGAUUGAAAAGACCUGCCGAGAAAGUGCUGAAGCUCUGGCAUCAAAGCUCAACAGAGAGAAUAAGUCUCUGAAAAGGUUGAGUAUGCUCUACAUGUCAAAACUGGGGCAAGAAGUCAUCACAGAGGAGAUCACUAUUGACGAUGAAGACUCUGCUGUGGAGAGUGACGAUGGCGCCAGCAUUUGUGCCUCUCUUCACUGUCAACACCAAAUAAAGGACCUUCGUGAUAAACUUGUUGCUGGACUGGAGGAAAAGAAAUUCCUUGCCAAUGAUAUGGAGAUUUUGAAAGGAAGACUUGAAGAAGUAACAGACCAGCUGAAUAAAGAAAAACAGGAAAACAUUAUUUUGGCAGCAGAGAUGUUUCAACAGAAGAAGCUCCUAAACAAAUACAAUAGAGUUUCAAUGCUGGCAGCCGAUGAAUAUGAAGAACUGCAAGCUGAGUUUGAGCUUGAAAAAGAUCUCCGGAAAGAGGCAGAAUCCUUUGCGCACAAGAUGCUUGUGGAGAAAAAGAAAUUGAAGAGACAAAGCCAGCUUUUGCUACAGAACGUGGGCCCAAAUGAGCAGCUUCUAAAAGCUAUGGAAGAUGUAUCCAAUCUGACUCAAGCCUUAGAAAAGGAGAGAAUUGAACACCAGCAGAAGAUGAAAGAAAUUGAAGAAAAGAUGAAAAACUCUGAGGUGCAGAGGGAGAUUGCCUAUUUGAAGCGACACAUAGAACUGCUUGAGAUGGAGAAGAAGGAGUUUGAAGGGAGGUGCCGCAAGUCUGAAGAGCAAGCAAAGGAUCUGAAGCACACAGUGGAUGAACUUCAAAAGCAGGUCCAGAAAGCUGCAAAUCCAAUGCCGCCCCCUCCCCCUCCCCCUCCCCCCCCUCCUCCUCCACCCCCGCUGCCACCCCCAUCUUCAAACCCGCUCAGCUCUCUCCUGUCCAUUAUCCGCAAGAGGAAGCAGCCUGUUUCAAAGGCAGCUGGGCUUGAGAUUUCCACAGAAAAGGAUCCAGGAGAUGAAGUGACAGAUAUCAAGCAGCAGGCAGUAGAUGAAAUGAUGGAGAGGAUUAAAAAGGGAGUUCAACUCAGGCCUGCAGGGAGCAGGUCUAAACCACAACAGUCUGAAAGAAAGCCCUCGGACAGUGCUGUGCAGGAACUCAAAGGAAUUCUGAGUACUUUUAAACAACCUCUGAAAACAAGAUCGCAAGUGGAGGUGGAUUCGAAGAACACGGAAACUGAGCUGGAGAGGGUGCUGCGUCGCAGAAGAGUCAUGCCUGAUCAGAAAGCAGAAGGUUCAGAGUCUAAGCCUUUGCAAAGCAUAGUGUCUGAUAUAAUGAGGAGCAAGAAGCAGCCAGGCAGGGGAGAGCUCAGCAGUGCGACCUGCCCCCCAACACCUGAAGACAGGUGUGAUCCAGGGAGAGGAGACACAAGCCAGGGGGCUCCACUCACUAUUCCUGCACAAAACGAUUCCCAAAUGACACAGGACAGUGAGGGAGGACCGUCGCACACAGACCUGCCAAUGAAUCUCAAUGAGAAAAACAACUAUGCUUGUGACAAGAUCGCCAGCUUUAAGAAAAGCCCACUCCAUGAGGGACCUGCAGAAUCAAACAGCAGCUGCUGAUCUUCAUAAAAAUGAUGCAUUCUUUAUAGAUCUGUGGGUGUCUGUGUGUGUGUAUUUACAUAAUGCAAGAGGCAGUCAAAUGGUUGGGAUUAUUGCCUAGCUGACAAUGUGGUUUCUUGAGUUUUCAUUUAAUUGUUUGAACUGAUGCAUUUUACAGUAGUUGUCAAGUAAACAGUAUUGUUUAACACAAGGGUUAAUACCUGACCUGAACCCAAGUGACCUCAGAUUGUUGUUUUAAAAUGUAUUAACAUCCUGUUUUUCUGCAAUAAGAGAAAAAAUAAAUUCGCAAAAAAAAUAAUAAUAAUAAAAUCAGUUUUCUAUGAUUAGAAAACAAAGGCAGUCAGUUUUAAUUAUAUUUCAUAUAUUUCCAUAUUUUAUCUUUUAAAUCAGUUGUGAUUGAAAUAAUCUGAAAAGAUGUUACAAACUGAAUAUAUCAAAUAACAUGUAAUGCAAUUAUUGUAGCCUCAUUUAGUCUGUAUGUUGGCAUAAGGGGACUGUUUGUGUCAUCUUUAGUAAAUAUUUAAACAAAGAGUUGCAUGAGUAAAAGUUAGUUGUAAGGUUUGAAAUUAACAAACAGAAAGUGUAACAAAGCUCUUGAUUUACGAUAUGCUUGGUAUAACUGUAAUGCCCACAGUAUGUCUUCUGGCACAAAAAGUCAUUAGACAUUGAGUCGUGUACAAAGGUAAGUACUGCUAACUACAUUCUCACGAGUAAAGAAAGUCAGCAAAACAGAACACUGGCUCAUGAACACAGUUGUAUAUGUGUUUUCUGUCUGUUUAAAUUACUUAAAAGAAAUGGUUAACAAUUGAUUGUUAAUUGGGUGAAAAGCAACAGUGCAAAUCGAUUCAAGCCAUUGUAAUUUUGUCUUGAUUCUUUUGUAGUCCUCUAAACACAAAAUUAAUCUUUACAACUUGUGGUGCUGCACUAUAACAAGAAAUGUACAGAAAGUAAUGAUAUGUAAUUUAAUAUGCACUGUAUUUGUCAUGCAAUCAAGUCUUAUUUGGAAUACAGUGACAAAUAAAAUAAUAAUCAAA